UGCUCCGUGCCUCGAGCUGUCAUCAUUUUAACUGGGAAGGCGAAGGGCAUCCGGGAUACCGGCCGAGAGGGGAGCCGCUAAAAGUCGUUUCUCGAGAGGACAGGGGACGGUUCACUCAUCCCUCUCUGUUCUGGGACUGACCUCGUGGAGUGAGUUUUCGUCCCGUCGUUGUUCUGAGGUUGAGGACGUCCGGCCCGUUGGAUCGACCACCACCACCCUGUGUGUGCGAUACUUUAAGGACUGCUGAUGCAUCGAUUAAGGACUUGUGCGGCGCGAUUGCGUCCGCUCACCGCCUCGCAGGCGGCUCAGACUGUCGGCCAGCAGCGGCCAAUCACAGUGACCUCCUCAGGUGGCACAAGGACGUUUCAGCCAAUCAGGUGUUACACUGCACCUGUGGCCUCUGAGCCGUUCCUGAAUGGGACGAGCUCCAACUACGUGGAGGAGAUGUACUACGCCUGGCUGGAGAACCCGAAGAGUGUUCAUAAGUCGUGGGAUGUAUUUUUCAGGAACGCUAACGCCGGCGCUCCUCCCGGGGCUGCCUACCAGUCUCCUCUGGGUCUGUCGGCUGCUCCUCAGCUCUCCUCUCUGGUCGGAGCUCAGCCCAACGUGGAGAAGCUGGUGGAGGAUCACUUGGCUGUCCAGUCCCUCAUCAGGGCCUAUCAGAUCCGAGGGCACCAUGUGGCCCAGUUGGACCCUCUCGGCAUCAUGGACGCCGAUCUGGACUCGUGCGUCCCCACUGACAUUAUCACCUCCUCCGACAAGCUGGACGUGGCUGUGUUCAAGGAGAGGCUGAGAAUCCUAACGGUAGGAGAGUCAGACUGCCACUCACAGUUUAGUGUCGGCUGCAGACAGAGCGGCUUCUACGGUCUGGAUGAGUCAGACCUGGACAAGGUGUUCCGGCUGCCCACCACCACCUUCAUCGGAGGCUCUGAGAGCGCCCUGCCGCUGAAAGAGAUCAUACGCCGACUGGAGAUGUCGUACUGUCAGCACAUCGGCGUGGAGUUCAUGUUCAUCAACGACCUGGAGCAGUGUCAGUGGAUCCGGCAGAAGUUUGAGACUCCGGGAGUGAUGCAGUUCACUCUGGAGGAGAAGAGGACGCUGCUGGCCCGUAUGGUCCGCUCCACCAGGUUUGAGGAGUUCCUGCAGAAGAAGUGGUCUGCAGAGAAACGUUUUGGUCUGGAGGGCUGUGAGUCUCUGAUCCCGGCUCUGAAAACCAUCAUCGAUAAAUCCUCUGAGAACGGCGUGGAGGGCGUCAUCAUGGGCAUGCCUCACAGGGGUCGUCUGAACGUUCUGGCCAACGUGAUCCGAAAAGAACUGGAACAGAUUUUCUGUCAGUUUGACUCCAAACUGGAAGCAGCUGAUGAGGGCUCCGGCGAUGUGAAGUACCAUCUGGGAAUGUACCAUCGCCGUAUCAACCGCGUGACCGACAGGAACAUCACCCUGUCUCUGGUGGCGAACCCCUCUCACCUGGAGGCCGUGGACCCCGUGGUGCAGGGAAAGACCAAGGCUGAGCAGUUCUACUGUGGAGACAAUGAUGGCAAGAGGGUGAUGUCCAUCCUGCUCCAUGGAGACGCAGCAUUUGCAGGACAGGGUAUCGUGUAUGAAACCUUCCACCUGUCUGACCUGCCGUCCUACACCACGCAUGGCACGGUGCACGUCGUCGUCAACAACCAGAUCGGUUUCACCACGGAUCCCCGCGUGGCUCGCUCGUCGCCGUAUCCGACCGACGUGGCCCGAGUCGUCAACGCUCCCAUCUUCCACGUCAACGCCGACGACCCGGAGGCCGUCAUCUACGUCUGCAAGGUGGCUGCCGAGUGGAGGGCCACGUUCCACAAAGACGUGGUGGUCGACUUGGUGUGUUACCGUCGGAUGGGUCACAACGAGAUGGACGAGCCGAUGUUCACUCAGCCGCUGAUGUACAAACAGAUCAAGAAGCAGAAGCCGGUUCUGCAGAAGUACGCAGAGAAACUGAUCGCCGAGGGAGCAGUGAGCAGGCAGGAGUACGAGGAAGAAAUUGCCAAAUAUGAUAAGAUCUGUGAGGAGGCGCACGCUCGCUCUAAAGAUGAGAAGAUCCUCCACAUCAAGCACUGGUUGGACUCCCCAUGGCCUGGUUUUUUCACUCUGGACGGACAGCCAAAGUCCAUGAGCUGCCCCUCUACCGGUCUGACCGAAGAGAACCUGAACCACAUCGGACAAGUGGCCUCCUCCGUCCCCGUGGAGGACUUCACCAUCCACGGAGGUCUGAGUCGUAUCCUGAAGGGCCGAGCUGAGAUGGUUCGGAACCGGACGGUGGACUGGGCUCUGGGAGAGUACAUGGCCUUCGGAUCGCUGCUGAAGGAGGGAAUCCACAUCAGGCUGUCGGGACAGGACGUGGAGCGAGGCACAUUCAGCCACCGUCAUCAUGUCCUCCAUGACCAGAAUGUGGAUAAGAGGAUCUGUAUUCCCAUGAACCACCUGUCUCCCGACCAGGCGCCGUACACCGUCUGCAACAGCUCGCUGUCCGAGUACGGAGUCCUCGGCUUCGAGUUGGGCUUCGCGAUGGCGAGUCCCAACGCUCUGAUCCUGUGGGAGGCUCAGUUCGGAGACUUCCACAACACGGCUCAGUGCAUCAUCGACCAGUUCAUCUGUCCCGGUCAGGCCAAGUGGGUCCGACAGAACGGCAUUGUGCUGCUGCUGCCGCACGGCAUGGAGGGCAUGGGUCCAGAACAUUCUUCAGCUCGUCCAGAGAGAUUCCUCCAGAUGUGCAACGACGACCCCGACGUCAUGCCGACCAUCACAGAGGACUUUGCGGUGCGUCAGCUCUAUGACUGUAACUGGAUCGUGGUGAAUUGUUCUUCUCCUGGAAACUAUUUCCAUGUUCUCAGACGACAGAUUCUCCUCCCAUUCAGGAAGCCCCUGAUCGUCUUCACCCCCAAAUCUCUGCUGCGUCACCCGGAGGCCAGAUCCAGCUUUGACGAGAUGCUGCCUGGAACCCACGUCCAGAGGUUGAUCCCUGAAAGAGGCGUGGCCUCGGAGCGUCCGGAGGCGGUGAAGAGGCUGAUCUUCUGCACGGGAAAGGUUUACUACGAGCUGACCAAAGAGAGGAAGAACAGAGAGAUGGAGGGAACCGUGGCCAUCGCUCGCAUAGAGCAGCUGUCUCCGUUCCCGUUCGACCAGGUGAAGGCGGAGUCGGAGCGUUUCGUGAACGCUGACCUGGUCUGGUGUCAGGAGGAACACAAGAACCAGGGUUACUAUGACUACGUGAAGCCUCGCAUCAGGACCACCAUCCAGAGAGCCAAGCCCGUGUGGUAUGCUGGCAGAGAACCGGCAGCAGCUCCGGCUACAGGAAACAAAAACACUCACCUGAUGGAGCUGCGGCGUUUCCUCGACAUCGCCUUCGACCUGGACGCAUUCAAAGAUCAGCAGUAGACCUGCAACACCUGGAAUAAACCCUCACCUGUCUGACCUUUGACCCCCGACCCCUCUGGAUUCAGUUGUUACUCUAACCCAUCAACACACAUACACACACACACAUACACACACACACACACUGUAAUACUGCACACUGGAGUCUGCUAGUACUUUGUACAAGAUAAUAGUACAAAUAAUACAUAGUCAAAUACUGUACUUGAAGUAAAGAAGUACUGAGUAGUACAUAGUACACAGUGUGUAUCCCAGCUGCAAACAGAACUACAGACAGACCCCCACCAGUGAUUCUAACCAAAAAACAGAUUUAUCAGAUGAAACAUCAACAGCACAAGUCACCGUUUGACACCUCGUUCUGCUCAAACUCUAAAGCAGUUUACUGUGUACUAAAUACUACUGGAGUGUACUGUCAGUGCAGCAGUACAUCAGUACAUCAUCACUGUUUAACUGACCGUGGACUGGUGGAAUCAUCAUUUCUAUUACAGAUGUUCUCAGUCUCUGUGACGUCUGCAGAUGUUCAGUCAAAACCCCAAAAUGUUCAGUUUACUGAGAUCAGAAUCGGAGAAGCAGACAGAGAAUCUGUAGUUCUGAUUUUAACAGUGAAAAGAUUUUCACUGCAGCGACUUGAAGAAUGGUGACUGACGCGUUGAAUCAGAGAAUCAGAGCUGUUGUUUGUUUACAUAAAGUGGAGGAAAGUAGUGAGUCAACACAUCUUCAUCAGGUGACACGAGUCACGGUCAGGUUCGUUUGAGCUAAUUAACGUGUUUGUUCUCGUUAAUUCAAAGCAGAUCGUUAAAGAAGUCACCGCCCCACAGUGUCGUCUUACUUCUCCUGAUUACUAAAUGCUGGUUUGUUAGUAGGAUCAAAGUACAUCUGCAGUACUGACAUGAGAAGUCAGUAUGCAGUAUUAGUACUGUGUGUACUGUCAUCAGUAGUACAGCAGCAGCGUCAGGUUCAACUCCACCACAAACGUUUCUAAAAAUGAUGAGAAGAUAAUAGAAACUGAUCACCAAGACGGUGCCGUGUGAUGAACGACAGGCUGGAGCCUCCGAGGUUCACGGUUCACUCUCAGAGCUCGCCGUGAGCUCAUCUGGGCGCCGUCCAAUGAGACGCGAGGCAACAAGAAACAAACAGAAGAGCAGUUAGACUCAUCUGGUGGAGUGAAGCCUGAAGCUGAGAGUCAGGCUCAGCAACACACACACACACGCUUCCCUCCGUCCACACACACACACACACACACAGUCAUACUCCAGCUGUAUUAUGCAACAGCAUGUCAGCAGUUAUCACGUCAUGAUCACUCCACACACACACACACACUCAAACAUGAUCAUCACACUCCAAACUCAGCUCUUCUUCACCUGAAACGUUGCAGGAAACAUUUUGUUUUUAAGUUUCUCAUAGAUGGCUCAUUAGCAUCGUUAGCAUUGUUAGCGCUCCUCACUGAAAUCGGAUGGGAACCCGGCCAGCUGGGAAGCGUCAGAGUGGAACGUUUGAGGAUCGGAAUCACUACAGCGGGUGGAGGUUUUUAGCCUUUCAGCAGGUGUGUUAGCUCGUUAAGAAAAGUCUGUAAUUAGUCACCACGGCAACGCUGAACUCGCACACUCAGAUUGUAUUGUUCUUUGUUUUGAAGGGAUGUUUUGGGAAUAAAAUGGCCGAGGUCUGCGCUGCAAGGCGUCCCUACAUGAACCAAAUGCACUGCUGAUUAUAAUUUAACCCCUCAGCCUCUGUCUCUCUCUCUCUCCCCCUCUCUCUCUCUCUCUCCCCCUCUCUCUCUCUCUCUGUCUCUCUCUCUCUCUGUCUCUCUCUCUCCAUCAUUUAUCCCGUGCCAAAAUGGAUCAGAGCGUCUCAUGUUUUUAUUCUUGUCUGGUGUCCGGCGAGCAGCUGUAAGAACUCUGUGAGCAGGAAAACAAAAUCUCCUGAUUUGAAGCAGAAGCUAAACGACAACAGAAGAAGAAAUCAGCUGCAGACAAAGAAAAUGAUUUAUUUAUUUUCAUAAUAGGGGAUUGAAAUUCUCUUCAUUUUGCUUCAUUCAAUAAAGAGUCCUGUAUGUACUGAA